AUCCAUUAAAAAAAAAAAAAAGGUUGGAAUUUUAUCAGAUCUGAACUCCUCCUAUAGCGGUUUCUGAUUGGCUGAUCCACAGCCUGACAGUCAAAUCCAGUAAGUCUGCUGGACGAAUCUGACUAAUGAGGUGAGUUCCUCUCGAGCUGACUGCGUCUCCACUAUGCAACAUACAAACUGAUGGAAAGUCUAUAGACGAGUGCGGUAAUAGUACACCGUUUAUUCUCCGCGCAUCGGCAGUUCUGAACUUCCAGCUCAACUCAACAUGUAAAGCGCGACGGGUGCCCAGACACAGACUGGUGCUGCUCAACUGUGAUCAACAUGAUUCCGCCAGCGAACAUGAUCCAGGAGGACAUGAUGGGCAAGGAGAGCGAACGGGAGGACCGUGAGCCCCAGUCACCCACAUCCAUCAGCCAGCACGAGUCAAAGUUAGUUCUGCCACAAAGCAAGUGCCUUGUAAAUGUCACUGCAGAGGCUAAAGCGAUCACUAUCCUUCAAGACCAAGAGUCUUCGCAGCAAAAGUGCAGAUAAUUUUUUCCAGCGGCCGAUGGAGGAUGUGAAGUUUCAGACCGAACUGCUCUCUGAUGUCAGCAGCAGCACAGGUCAUCUGAGCACCAUCGGCAUGUCCGUCUCAGCAUCCCCAGCGAUGUCACUUCCUCCACCACCCCCUCCACUGCCCACCGUCAUCCCGGGCAACCUGCCCAUCACAAUCUGUUCUCCAUCCCGUGCCCCACGCCCAGCGGACCCCAACGCACACACGUUUCUAGAGCACAUCUUCAAAAAGCCCCAUUUCUGUGACGUCUGCAACCACAUGAUUGUAGCUUGCCAAGGGGGAGCAGGCAAGGUGUUCGGCACCAAUGCUAAGCUGGGCCUCCGGUGCAAAGCCUGCAAGAUGGGCAUCCACAACAAGUGCCUGGAUCGAGUUGGACAGCAGAGAUGCAUGGGGAAAUUGCCUAAAGGUUUCCGGAGAUACUCGAGCUCCCCUCUGCUGAUUCAGGAACAGUUUGGCUGUAUUAGGGAGGUGAUGCCUAUUGCCUGUUGCAGUAAAGUUGACCCGGUGUAUGAGACUCUGAGAUUUGGAACCUCUCUGGCACAAAAGACCAAGCGGACCAGUGGAUCAGAGUCACCACAGAGAAACUCUACCAGUGACGUGGCUCAGGUGCCAGAAGAAAAGAUGGCCCACAGCAGUCGAGCUCAACUCACCAGGAAACCCAGUGACAACGUUUUUGCACCAGUGGAGAAUGGAACAGAACAUUUUCAUAUUGCUGAAAGGAAAACAGAAGAAUCACCUUCAAACCGAGAGCUGAAGAGGGACCCUCUGCAGCUCAGUACUUAUGUGGCUUUGUUUGAAUUUACCCCCCAAGACAACCAAGACCUAGAAAUGAGACCCGGAGAUCGAAUAAUCCUGGCAGAUGAUUCCAAUGAUGACUGGUGGAAGGGUGUGAUUGAAGAUAGAAUAGGUUAUUUCCCAGCAUCCUUUGCGCAUCAGGUGAGGGCGGGCGACAGGGUGUUCAGAUGUAACCGAACCUUCAUUGGCUGUAAGGAGCAAGGGCAGAUCAACCUGAAGGAGGGACAAAUUUGUGUCAGCGGUGAGGACGAACACAAUGGCUUCAUCAGAGUAGCGAGUGGGAAAAAGAGAGGAUUCGUGCCCUGUGAUGUCCUGGAGAAUAUAUGAAGUGAAAGAACAGAGAGAAGAGAUGGUUCAUUUAGAGAAAAGGAAAGACUUUCCAGCACUGUUUGAAUGAUCUAUGGAUCUACCUUUAGUGUGGGCAGACGCUGGAGGGCUCGUCAGGACUCUGUGUCUCCCUCAGUGACAGAAAGAAGAAUGGACAAUGAUUUCAAAGAGUAUUUGGACAUCUAAGUUGGACCUAAAAAUGUGUAUAUUUAAUCUCAUUUACUAACAAAACCAAACCAUCUGCAAACAAAUGCUGCCAGAGAACUAACGCUACUUUUCAAAGCUAUUUUUUCAGCCCGUCAAACAUGCUGAAUGAAAUCGAAUACUUGUUUCUUGCUAAGUUGAGGUGAUGAAUCCAAACAUAGUGCCUGUUUUUCUUUAUUUUUUUAAAGAUAGUUAUCAUUUAAAACCUAAACUUGUAUUAGGUUCAAAUAAAUGCCCUUUGGUUUGGUAUUUUGAUAUCUAACCAUUUUCACAUUGAGCUUAAUUGUCCAAAUACUUCUUGGGGCCAUUGUUUGUGUGUUUCAUUAACUGCUGAAUGUCAGUGUCAUGUUUCCGUCUCGAGAGAAUUGUGUUUUCUGUAUUUAAUUUAUUGAAUGUUGGUGUAGGGGGUCGUCAACCACAACACUUUUCACUAUCAUCUAUUCAAUAUACUGUAGCAUCAAAACUCACAUUGUUUUGAAAUAUCUUAAUUGUUAAGACAACUUAUGUAAUGCUUCAUAUAUUUCUAUACAAUCCAAUACAUGUUUAAUGCUGUGUGAUAUAUGUUCUAUUUUAACCCAUUCUUUUCAAUUAAUGUGCAGGUGUAUUUUGUUCUUUGACAAUUACUUUAAACUUGCAGUCCCAAAAUUGUAUUUUCCACUCAUGCUUCUGAGAACAGAACAGGAAUGAUCAGAUCUCUGCUGAUGUUACUUUUAAUCCAUAGCAGAAAAUACACAUUCCUUGGUCAAACACAAUCUCUGGGCUAUGAUAAAAGCAUGUGGACAAGGGUUUAUGCAAACAGAUCGUUUUUGUCUUUUAUGUCUUCAGAUGUCUCUCAAACAUAGAUGUGCUAUAUGUCAUCUGUUCUAAUUAUCUUUUAUUAUUAAGACAUUUUAUUUUAGAAAAAGAAUCAUUGUGCUAAAUAAAGCAAAUUUACACCAUUAAAGCAGGUAUGACUGAAGAAAAUGGUUACAGUAAAAAACAAUUAAAUUACUGUUUUUAUUAUUCUUAUCGUUAUUAUUAUUUAUUUGAGUCUAGUCAUGGAAGCAUAGGCAUCAUGUUGUGCCCAUUUAUGAUACAUAAUAUCUGUCUCUUUAUAAGAUCAUUUAACUCAUCAUGUCUAAGUCUUUUGAUAUUUUAAUUUGAGCUCACUGAAGCUGGCUUAUUGUACAGCAUGAUAUUGCGCUGUAUAUACUUUAUGUACAGAAUUAAAGUUUAUUUAUUGAUCUA